AGGCUCCACGUCAAAGAGUGAUUCUCGGCGCGCAGGUGCAGACGCUAAAACCUUUGCAUCAGACCGCGGAUGCUUCUUAGUUCCAGUUUAUUGUUUCUUCUCCGUGGCUUUCCUCGUUUACUCCAUUCUACUGCAAUGAGCACCAUUACUGGUACAUUUCAACUGCAGCAACCUCUCAACUACCGAGAAGGUGCCCGUCACCAGCCUGUGGAUGGGGAUCAUAGUGAGGAGAUCUAUGAACCAGCAACUGGCAGAAUUAUUGGGAACUUAUCCUUCUCUGGUGAAAAGGAGAUAGAUCUGGCUGUAAAGAAUGCACAUGCUGCUUUCAAAAUAUGGAGUCAGAAAUCAGGAAUGGAACGGAGCAGCAUUCUGCUGGAGGCAGCCCAAAUUAUCCGAGAAAGAAGAGAAGAAAUUGCCACCAUAGAAACAAUCAACAAUGGGAAAUCCAUCUUUGAAGCUCUCAUAGACAUUGAUAUAUCUUGGCAAUGCCUGCAGUAUUAUGCUGGUUUAGCUGGCUCCUUAGCAGGUCAACAUGUCCAGCUCCCUGAGGGAUCCUUUGCUUAUACCAGAAGAGAACCUCUUGGAGUCUGUAUUGGGAUAGGGGCUUGGAACUACCCUUUUCAGAUUGCCUGCUGGAAAUCAGCCCCUGCUUUGGCCUGUGGUAAUGCCAUGGUCUUCAAACCUUCUCCCUUCACCCCCAUCUCUGUUGUGCUGCUGGCAGAGAUCUACAAUAAGGCUGGUGUUCCUAAGGGACUUUUCAAUGUGGUGCAAGGUGGAGCUGCCACAGGCCAGUUCCUGUGCCAGCACCCAGAUGUGGCCAAAGUCUCAUUCACUGGGAGUGUGCCCACAGGUGUUAAGAUUAUGGAAAUGGCAGCCAAAGGGAUCAAACCUGUUACUUUAGAAUUAGGAGGAAAGUCCCCCCUCAUUAUCUUCUCUGACUGUGUUUUGGAUAAUGCUGUGAAAGGAGCCCUCAUGGCUAAUUUCCUUACCCAGGGUGAGGUAUGCUGCAAUGGUACUCGUGUGUUUGUACAACGAGCAAUCCUGGAGGCCUUCACCAAAGAAGUUGUGAAACAGACUCAGAACAUCAAAAUUGGUGACCCCCUGCUGCAAACUACAAGGAUGGGAGCACUUAUCAACAAGGCACACCUGGAGAAGGUCUUGAGUUUUGUUAAACAAGCAAAGGAGCAGGGUGUAGAAGUCCUGUGUGGAGGGGAUGCAUUUGUGCCAGAUGAUCCCAGUCUGAAAAAUGGCUUUUAUAUGUCUCCUUGUGUCUUAGGAAACUGUAAGGACACCAUGACAUGUGUAAAAGAGGAGAUUUUUGGACCAGUCAUGUCUAUUCUACCUUUUGACACAGAAGAAGAGGUCUUAGAGAGAGCCAACAAUACUCGUUUUGGCCUGGCAGGAGGUGUCUUCACCAGAGAUAUCCAGCGUGCCCACAGAGUAGCAGCUGGUCUUCAGGCUGGUAUGUGUUUCAUCAACAAUUAUAAUGUCAGUCCAGUGGAGCUUCCCUUUGGAGGAUACAAGAUGUCAGGAUUUGGACGAGAGAAUGGCAAAGCAGCAAUUGAAUACUAUUCCCAGCUGAAGACAAUCGUUGUGGAAAUGGGAAAUGUAGAAUCAGUGUUCUAAUGACUCUAGUUGAUUUCUUCUGGUUAACAUACUAUGGAGAUGCUAUGUACAACAGAAGCUGGAAGUGGUCUUUGCAGCAUUUGAUUACAUUGUUUUUUUCCUACAGCUAUUUUGAAUUCCAUUGUUUCUUUUUUCCUUUCUUCUCUUGAAAAUACAUAAUGGAGAAAACA